GUCAUCCUUGUCCCGGGAGUGCCUAGCAGCCAGGGGUUGCGCGCUCUCCCUUUCCACGCGUGAGUCGCAAGUUCUCAGAUUCACCCGGAGCACCGCAGCAUCCAGGACCAACCAAAAUGACUACUCCUAGAGCUGCUGCCCCCAGUGGUUGCCGCUCAGACCUGGAUUCCAGGUACUACAGACUUUGUGACCUGGCGGAAGGUUGGGGCAUCGCCCUGGAAACACUGGCCGCAGUCGGGGCCGUGGCUACGGUGGCUCUCAUGUUUGCGCUCGUUUUCCUCAUCUGCAAAGUGCAGGACUCCAGCAAAAGAAAGAUGCUUCCCACCCAGUUCCUCUUCCUCCUGGGAGUGCUAGGGGUCUUUGGCCUCACCUUCGCCUUCAUCAUCAAGCUGGAUAGGGCCACAGGGCCCACACGCUUCUUCCUCUUCGGUGUCCUCUUCGCCCUCUGCUUCUCUUGCCUCUUGGCCCAUGCAUUUAAUUUGAUCAAGCUGGUCCGAGGGAGAAAGCCCCUGUCAUGGCUUGUGAUCCUCAGCCUGGCGGUGGGCUUCAGCCUGGUCCAGGACGUCAUCGCCAUUGAAUUCCUGGUCCUCACCAUGAACAGGACCAACGUCAAUGUCUUUUCCCAGCUGCCUGCCCCUCGGCGCAAUGAGGACUUCGUCAUGCUACUCAUUUACGUGCUCUUCUUGAUGGUGCUGACCUUCGUCGCAUCCCUCUUGGUUUUCUGUGGAUCCUUCUCUGGCUGGAAGAGACACGGGAUCCACAUAUGCCUCACCUCAUUCCUCUCCAUCGCCAUCUGGGUGGCCUGGAUCAUCCUGCUCCUGAUUCCCGACAUUGACCGGAAAUGGGAUGACACCAUUCUCAGCACAGUCUUGGUGGCCAAUGGCUGGGUUUUCCUGGUGUUUUAUAUCUUGCCUGAGUUUCGACAGCUCCCGAGGCAACGGAGCUCCACCGAUUACCCAGUUGAAGAUGCUUUCUGUAAACCUCAACUCAUGAAGCAGAGCUAUGGUGUGGAGAACAGAGCUUACUCCCAAGAGGAAAUCACCCAAGGUCUUGAGGAGAUGGGGGACACACUCUAUGCGCCUUAUUCCACCCAUUUUCAGAUGCAGAAUCGCCAAAAGGAUUUCUCUAUCCCGAGAGCCCAUACUCCAGCCAGUCCGUACAAUGACUACGAAGGACGCAAAGGGGACAGCUAACUGUGGGAAGAGUGGGACAACCAGAGUCAGGCAGCGGGUCCAGCCAGCAGUCCUGCAUAUGUGAACUGAACCUAGGGCAUCCUAGGGAAACUAACUGUACAGAGAGGCUUGCAACCUGCCCAGUACACUGCUGUCUUGCCCGGGGGUUGCUAAGCCUCACAGACUGUCUUCGCAGCGCUUGCUCCGGGGUUUCAUUUGCCCCAUUCCAAGGAUACUUCUGGGAGGAGGAGUCUUGGCAAUUCAGGGUGAGGCUCUUACCUCUCCCAGGAGUAUGCGCAAACCACUCACUGUUUGGUCAUCCUUGGAAGCCAAUUCAUCUAACCCAGGAUGGGCUCUGUGAGGAUUUGCUCGGCACCAAGCAGAACUGAAGAUUUGGAUAAAUCCAGAAAGGUCUGGGUCUCCCCCUUGUCCAUCUCAGUCCACACUGGAAGCUAAUCUGGCCGUGCCCCCCUCCCCCACUUCCCUGCCCGAGGAGGAGCAGCUAAAGGUCACGUGUCUACCCUCUGUGCACUGCCCCACGAUGGCCUCGCGGUGUCGACACCGACACCGACUUAUAAGGGCCAUAUUUUCAUCUCAUCUCACCUCUAAACUUGCUGCCAACCCCAGACCUCUGUGUCCUUUGCCAGAAGCUCUUCCGGACAUCACUGUAGUAGACAAGGUCAGUUUUUUCCAGCCAGGAGAAUUUGGGCUUUGUUCUGGCCAUAAAUUCCUGGCACUUGCUCCUCCCCAACCGCUGCUCUUUAUCUAAAGUAAUCCGUUCACCCUGACCUCCGUAAGUGUCUAUUCUUGGCAUGGGAUGCAUUUGUUAUGUGAUAAGUUAUUCACCCGGGUAUGCAAUAAAGAUGUGGUCGCAACUAUUUUUUAAAUUUA